AUGUCCGAACAGCCCCCCUCUCCUCCUGCUGCUGCUCCUGCUGCGGCUCGGUCCGAUCUAGCGUCGGCCGUUGAGUCAGCUCCAGCGCCGCAGCCUGAGUUAGUUCCCGCUGCUGAUCCACAGGAUGGCGAUGAGAGUGAGACCGACUCGGCUGUUGGUGAUGAUGCGGCGAGCUCCACUGCUUCCAUCACCUCCAGCAUCCUUGAGUACCGCACUAUUCAGGGCCGGACGUUUCACAGUGAUAGACAUCCUACCGAGUACUUUACUCCUAACGAUGAGCAGCAAUCUGCGUCCAUUGACAUCAACCAUCACGCUUUGACGCAGCUUCUCAGUGGAAAGCUCUUCCUUGCCCCUAUCAAGGACAACGUGCAGAAAGUACUCGAUGUAGGAACCGGAACAGACGAAUACCCCGAGGCUGAAGUCAUCGGCUCUGACCUCUCACCCAUUCAACCCAGCUGGGUUCCCCCCAACGUCAAGUUCGAGAUCGACGACGCCACCCUCCGCUGGACAUGGGACACAAACACCUUUGACUUCAUCCACAUCCGCUAUCUCUUCGGCGCCAUCAAAGACUGGGCGUCCCUCUUCAAGGAAGCUUACCGCUGCUGUGCCCCCGACGGCUGGAUCCAAUCCGCCGAAGCAGACGUCCACAUCCGUAGUGAUGACGGAACCACUGAUGAUCUUGACUGCUUGAAGCUCUGGGCGAAGCUCUUCACUGAAGGUGGCGCUGCUCUUGGAAGCCCGUUCUUCGUGCAGGAGGGUGAUUUGCAGGAGAAGGGCAUCCAGGCCGCUGGGUUCACCGACAUCAAGAGUAUUGAGUACAAGUUCCCUAUUGGUGGUUGGGCCCGCGACCCUGAACUCCGUUCGGUCGGUAACUACGUCAAGGCGACUCUCGAGAACGAUCUCGAAGGCUACACCCUCCUCCUCUGGAAGACCAUCCUUCAAUGGCCUGAGGACGAGUAUCAAGUCUUCCUCAUGGAGAUGCGCAAGUUUCUCAGAAACAAAAAGGUCCAUGGUUACAUGACUGUUCGCUACGUCUACGGUCGCAAGGCAGAGGCUUCUUGA